AUGAUGGAAGAAACUGAGAUGAGCGAAUCAAAACGAUUGACGAAAGCGAGGGAAAUAUUGCGGCAAGUUACAGAAGAGGCACCGGAACAAAUGGGACUUGGCUCAGGUGUUCCUCUCCCAUUUUUCAACGCUACGGAAGUUCCAGAGAACGUUUGGUCCAACGGGCUUUUGGAUGGAAGUGACGCGAUUGUACGGUAUAAAUUUCGCAAGGGAGUCAAGGUAGCCGAACCGCUUGUGAAGUAUUCUCCUGAAAAGGCGGAGAAAGCUUUGCUCAACCAGCCAAACAGGUGGAUUGUACGUAACAUUCAAAUUGCGUUUCCCAUUGGGUUCUGGGCCUUCUCUGUAGUCUCUGAUUUCAUCUUGGGAAAGACCGACCGAAGACGAGAAAGAGCACAACAGCUUCAGCGUGCAAUCUCCGAGCUUGGUCCUGCUUUAAUCAAGGCAGGCCAGGCUCUUGCUAGUAGGCCAGAUCUGUUGCCCAAGGAAUAUCUCGAGGAAAUGCAGCUUUUACAAGACAAGGUACCUCCAUUCGAUAGCGCAUUAGCGUUCCAAUGCGUGGAGGAGGAGUUGGGAGUUAAGUUUCUGGAUGUGUUCGAACUAGUCAGCGAAGAGCCUGUUGCAGCUGCGUCUAUUGGACAAGUAUACAAAGCAAAGCUGAGGACAACAGGGCAAGAGGUUGCUCUUAAAAUACAGCGUCCCAAUUGUGAGGACAUCAUUGCUUUGGAUCUUUACAUUCUUCGGUGGUGGUCAGGGAUCUACACAAACAUUUUCAAAGUGUUCAAACGAGAGAUCGAUGUGCAAUCUAUCAUUGAUGAUUUUGGCGAGCUGAUUUAUCGCGAAAUCGACUAUAUUGCUGAAGCUGCUAAUGCACAAAGGUUUAAUGAACUCUAUGCAAGCAUUCCUGACGUAUUUGUACCAAAGGUUUACUCGGAUUUAACGACCAGAAAAGUUUUGGUGAUGGAAUGGGUAGACGGUGUCCGGCUCACAGAUUCAGCGAGUCUAGCCAGAUAUGGCUUGGAAACGAGCAAACUUGUAGACACACUCGUCCAGUGCAGCCUCCAACAAAUUUUGGAGAACGGAUUUUUCCAUGCGGAUCCACAUGCCGGCAAUCUUCUUGCGUGCGCUGAUGGUCGGCUAUGCUACCUCGACUUUGGUAUGAUGUCAUAUGCGGACCGUCGACAGCGCAAUGGUUUUCUCCUUGCGGUGGUCCAUAUCGUGAACAGAGAUUGGUCAGCGCUGGUGAACGUGUAUCAAAAGUUGGGUUUCAUUCCUGAAGAUAUCGAUGUAAAACCAAUCGAGUUCGCUCUUGACAAAGCCCUUCCAGAUGUGCUGAACUCUGAAAUAUCAGAGGUAAACUUCAAGAAUAUAGUGAACAAACUGGGGGAUAUCAUGUACAAGUUUCCUUUCUGCUUACCUCCGUUCUAUAUCGCAAUCAUACGGUGUCUAGGAGUUUUGGAAGGAUUGGCAAUACAAGUUGACCCCACAUCAAGAAUAAUAAGUGAAGCAUACCCUUAUGUUGCGAGUCGCGUUUUGACUGACCCUCAAGAUGACUUGCAAGAGGCAUUACGACGUCUGGCGCUCACUCCUGAUGGAAAGAUACGGUGGAAUCGGCUUGAGGGGCUUUUUCAGGAAGCUCGAGGAACUCCACGUUUCGACGUGGUUAUGAGUUUUGAUGUUCUGACAGACUAUAUCCUCUCAGAUGACGGUGAUAUAUUGCUGGAAGAUUUAUCAGAACAGAUUGUUAUCGCAGUAGACAGUCUCGGAGUUGAGGGCGUCUCUUACCUUUUGAAAUUCACGAGGGCACUUAGAAUAAGUGACGAGGUUGCCGCUAUCCGGGCCUCCAGAUCUCUUCGACUACUAUUAGAUGGAAAUGUGCAAGAUGAUGCUAAAAAACUCUUUCCAGAACCAACGCCUGCAAUGCAACGAUUUAAUCGUCUGUUGAACCUUCUGGACCUGUCUGGAGACACUGACACGGCAAAGUUCAUCCCAAUAUUCCGGAAGCUGGCACAGGAGCCAAAAGUACAAAGAGCCGCUGGUGAGGUAGUAGCAAAGUUAGGGGAAAGGGCCUUAAGUCGGUCGCUCCGAUUUGUGUUCGGUCUUCCGCCGCCUAAGUUUGACGGCGACUGUAAUGCUGCAUCUACUGUUUUUGAAGAAAGCAUGGUCAGGUAUUAG